AUGGAUUUCCUUCGAUCCACCUUAAACGCGUUCCAUCCGUCAUCUUCUGAUCUUUCACCCUCGAGAUUCUGGUCGGGUGGAUCGGACCCUCUUGCGCGACUGGCGCAGGGACUGGAACAGCGUCCAUUCACCACCGAGGACAGCUUACGAAAAUCCUUGGAACAACAUUGGCAAGCACUUUAUGACGGACAAACUCGGGAUCAAUACCUCGUCUUCAAGCCUGUCCCCCCGGCGGUAGCCUCCGAACUGAGUGAUGAUGCGUCGCCAACCAGCAAGUAUUGUCGGUUCUCCUUCAAUGCAGAAACGGGAAUUUUGAUUGCGAGAAUUUGCCCAAGUAAUGCUCAUGAAAGAGCGAAAAGAACCUUUGAUAUGUUGAUCUUCCGUGAACUACACGCUAUGCACGUAGACGAGGAAGUGACGCCUCUCGGUUCAACAACCGUGACGGUUGGAGACUGGACGAAAGAAGCCGACUGCUGCUGGGCCCCCGAUUCGACACCUACCAGGUUGACUUUUGUGGUGGAAGUAGGAUUGUUUGAGUCUGAACAACAACUUGCUUUUGAUGCAGAUAGUUGGCUUGAGACGCUCUCCUCAUCUGUGAAACUUGUGGUCACGAUCAGCAUCAACCGCGAAAGCCCAGAGAUCAUCUUGAACCGAUGGGAACUCAUUCCUCGCCGCAGUGACGCCUGGAUGGGCUCGCCUCCCUUUUCGGUCUGCCGUACUGCGUUCGUCAAGAUUAUUCAAAAAGAUGAUGUGACAUCUGUAACUGGGGAGUCGUGCGUUGAUGGCACGACCACAACCAUCACCCAGCUGAACCUACCUUUCGAAAAGAUUGUUGACCGCUCCCCUUGUCAGCCCCUGGAGAGAGAUCUGUCUAUAUCCGAGCACAGGCUUAAAUAUUUCGCGGAAUGCAUAUGGAUUGGGCAGAACCUGAUACCAUAG